UAACUGUCUUCCACCCCAAUCUUCACCUCUUAUAGCCCUAGAUUACAGUCAUAUUGGCAUCUUAUGGCUCAGCUGUUGGGUCAGGGACCGAAAUAACUCUUAAAAUGGGAUUGAUCUGACCAGGGGUUAUUCUCAGGUGGAAAAGGAGCUUAUUUUUUGGAAUCAUUAAAUGUCAUGAUUGCCACUAGGGGAGAAAGUUCAUCCUGGUCAGGGAUCACAUCACUUUUUUGGCUUAAAAUCUGGGGGCUCCUGAAAAAGAAGAGCUGCUUCUGACCACAGCCUGCCGGCACUGUUGCUGGUAGCGUAGGGGUGUGAUAUGUGCUAUAAGAGAGGAGAAGGUAGAUGCAAAUGUGGUUAUUUGGACUCCCCCAAUGGAAUAACCCCACUCAGUGGGUGGCCCUCAGGAUACACCUGUAACAGUUGUAGAGAUUUCCUAAGCCCGCAUCUCAAGAUGUGGUGGGAUCCGCAGUGAAAAACUGAUUGGGGACAGCUGGAUUCAUGAGACUCCCUUGUGACCCUACUGGAAUUGUGGAAGCCCAGCUCUGUUUGCUGUAAAUAAGAGCUCUUCAGUGUGGAUUGGAGAUGAGAAUUGGAGGCCAUAUAGUGACCCCUGGGCUGUACCUGAGGUAAGGGUGGCUGUAGCCUGCUCCAUUAUGUGUGGCAAAUUGCCUAUGUAGCCUUCAGCUAGGCAAAAUUUGGAUGCCCUUGGUGUAUUGUCUGGAAAGCUAAUCAUUGUCAUGUCCUUUUGCUUUUCCUUCAGGUGAGGUGGAUCCAGUAUCCUCGAGCCACACGACCAUGGACAGAAUGACUAGGGACCAGCCCCUGACCAGACAAGAGAAGGUGAAAAUUGUGAGCAGUCUCUUGAAGCAGGCUCCGCCUGAAGAAUUCUGCGAGGCCUUCAGUGAUCUGCGCCUGCUGGUGGGCGAUAACAGCCUGAUGUGCCAGGAAGCUGCCUCCCUCUGUGCCCUGCACAACAAGCUCUACUUCACCCCAGUCAGGAUAAAGGAGUGUGAGGUGCUGCUGACCCGCCACAACGAGCUGGAGGAAGAACACUUCCUUGACUCCCAGAGACAGGUCUCUUUCAAAUUUGACCACCUGAGGAAAGAGGCAAGUGAGUUUCAGGCUCACCCACAGGAAGAUGAGAAAGGUGAGGCAUGGAGAAGGGCCCUCUAUGAGGGCCUGAAAGCAUACGUCAGCAGCCACUAUCCUGGGGGGAUUUGCAGUGUCUUCAUCAAGGAUACAGCCAUCCGGAAAAUCCUCAUCGCCUGCAUUGCAAGUCGUCUGCACCAGCCCUCUGCCUUCUGGAAUGGCCUGUGGAAAUCAGAGUGGACUUUCACCCUGACUCCCACUUCCACUUCCACCCAGGUGGCUGGGACCAUCAUGGUGCAGGCUCACUACUUUGAGGACGGCAACAUCCACUUGACAGUGUGCAAGGAUGUGGCAGAGAGUCUGCCUGUCACCACGGAAACCCAGACCGCCCAGGACUUUGUGAAACUGCUGGAGGAUGCAGACAACCAGUUCCAGGAUGGGCUGAUGGAAGAAUACCAGAGGAUGAGCGAUACCCACUUGAAGGCUUUCCGAAGACAGCUGCCCAUCAUCCACAGCACGAUCAACUGGGAGAAAAUAGUGACAGCUAAGAUAGUGGAAGCACCUGCUGUCCAAUGAAAGGCCAGUUUGUAUGGGAUAUCUGAAUAAAGUGUUCAGGGAAGGGAGAAAGUACUAAAUAUCCUAUAAAAUAAAUAGAGAAAAGAAAAAUUAGAAAAAAAAAUUAGGAGAAAAUGAAGGCCAGAAGAGUUCUGUGGUGUCAAGAGCCAGGGUGCUCUCCUGGGAGGUUGGGAGAUCCAAGUGGAGGUGUUCUGCUGACCAUGCUGAGCGCAGGAUAAGUGCUCACACAGAUCAAUAAGCAGUCACAUUGUGUGUCAGCUUGUUGAUAAAGUGGGGGGAGUUCUAAGAAGAGCAACCAAAUUGAUGAGUGGGCUUCAGAGAGAGUGUGGUUUAAUGAUAGAGCACUGGACAGCACAUGCCCUCUGUCUCCCCACCUCUCAGGCUCUUCAAUACACAAGACCCUAGUUACGUAGUACACCCGUUCUUGGGGACUAGUUUAUUAGCAUAUCAAAACUUAAACAGUCUCUCUUCCCAAUCCCUCAGUGGGACAUGGUUCUUCCUUUCUGUGGCCUGGCUGCUUUGUCCUUUCAAGCCAUCUUUCUCUUCUCAGCCUCCUUCCGGACAAAUACCGUUUCUCAGUCUCCCACUAGA